AUGAAGGUCCUUUAUGCCUUACUGAGCUUUGCCGGCGCUGUUAGCGCUGCCAAGUCCUACGUCGAACUGAGCAACGGCAUGUACACCGUCCCCUACAUCAACGAGACCCUAGACUUCGAGAACGCCUCGCGCGACGCCUGGGACAUCUCCGCAGACCUAAGCGACGCCGCCGCCGAAGCCACAAUCACCAACUCAACCUCCACUCUCGCCGAGCGCGGCGUCCCAGGCGACUGCUUGCCCCAAUUCCCAACCCGUAACACCUGGUGUCGGGAGCGCAAGAUCCGUCGCGCGGACUACCUGCGCGCAUACGCGAAAUUCCUCGACUGGAUCGAGACCGGGCCCGACGAAGGCUGGGUACCAAAGCAUAGCUGCAAGUCCUUGGUCUGGGGCGCCGUAGUAUUAAGCGCGUGCUCAACCGGCGGUCCGAACCCCACCUGCCGCGGUGAACUCACCGAAGCCAUGCGCGAGGUUGAUGCGUACUGCUCCACUGAAUCCGGCGGUGACAUCCAGAUCAAGAAGUGGCAGAAGACGUACAGCCGCCACAACGUUCGCGACGGCGAUGGUAUGAACAAUGGCAACUACGACAAGAACGGCCACAACGGACGUCACUUCGUUAUCGUUGAUGAUCAGGAUGUUGAUGAUAACGGUGGUCUGAAUGACGCUGUUCACCAGGAUGAUGCUUAGGGGUUGGAACCCCCUAGGAAGCAUGACUAAAGAGCUCCCUGUCUAAGGGACCUAAUGUGAUCCUCUCUCUACUCGCUAUCGCAGUCCAUUUGCUGGUUUGCCAAUUACUGGACUGGAAUAGGGGAGGGCGCACGUACUGAGGUGUAUUGAUUUUGAUGGGUUGGUUUGAUUGAAAUUCUUGGUCUGAGGAGAAGGAUG